AUGAUCGCGGCAGCGUCCAAUACUGGCCGAGACUUGUCCGAUUGUCUGCGUUUGUUGAAUCAGUUCAGUCUGUUCGCCAGUCACACACUUGGUAUCCCGGUCCAAUCGCUCACGCAACCGGACCAGCCAGUGACCUCGGUGGAGGCCGAGGCGGACGCUCUAAUACCAUCCGUGGAUGAGGAACAAACACAGGGACUGACUGGCGGAGCACUGCGUAUGACAAAAGUGAUCAACAUGUGUCGCUGCCUGAUUCGUACGCGACAUUCCGAUUCGCCCCAGAUCGCAUUCUGGCAAGAUCGACUGAUGGAGACGUGGGCGGAUUUGACUGAACUGAUUGAAACACGUUGGGCGCAAUUGAUUUAUGCAGCUAGACGACACACCUACUUGGUUCGAUGCGAGGAACUGCAAGGAUUCAUCAAAGAGAAGGCGGCUCAACUUCCCCAUGAAAUUGGUCCCGACUUCAAACUCAUCUGUCAACAAAUUUCCCAACAGAACGCAUUCGAACAAGAUGUCCAAGCCAUCGAGUUGCAGGUACAAUAUAUCAACCAGACCGCGGAACAACUAUUGCCACUGUAUGCCGGGAAAUGGACUGCUCGAUUGACAAAACCCCGAGACACGCUGAUCGCCCUGAUGGACGAAUUGUGUGGCCGGAUGCAACGCCGCCGGAAGCGUUUGCACGAGGCAAUCACAUUGCACAAAUGGUUGACCACGGUGGACGAGAUCACGCGGUGGAUCGAGACAUGCCGAUCCGAUGUGGAUCACGUGAUCAAUCCAGAUAGUGACACACAGUUCACCUGUACCGAUGGUUCAUCUCCAUGGUCUACGGAAAGUAUUCGUAAUCGUUUGACUUUAAUGCUGAAUUUGUGUACGGAAAUUAAUGCACGCAAACAACUGGUUCAGUCGUGUCUGCAAGAGGGCAGUCAACUGUAUCACACGUUUGUCCAACAACUGGAAGAAACACACGAGGUGAUGGAGUCGAGAGUCACCCGUCGCCCCACUCCAAUCAUAGUGAUCGAUCAUCAAAACGGUCAGGACGAGAAUGAUUCGAACUGGGCCGAACACUGCACCUCUCCGGACAGUUUUCCUAGUCAACCUCCAGGCGGUGACGAUUCACAAACAAUCACUCCCGAGUGGGAAGAUCCUAACGUGCUUGAAACGGGCGAGCCACACAGGAGGAGUAUUUCACGAGUGGACAGCCCCCCGGGACAUGAUGGUCCAUCUUGGUCAUCGACUCGAUGCAGCGAUCCCAAAUCCGAUCAGUCGAUGGCACUGAGUGAUGAGAUUGUCGACGAUGAAGUGGCCGACCCAGUAGUUUCGGGUUGUGGACUAACUGUGGUCGAUGAAGAAUUCAACACAUUAUCUCCCGUCCCAUCCUCCUCUGCCUCACUCACACUUUCUCCGACACCACAAGCCACAAAUCCUGCCGGUGAGGUGAAACAGCACAUGCACGAGCUGAUCACGAAAUGGUGUGAUCUGCAGAGAUUCUGGUGUGAAACACAUCGACGACUACGGUUUCAACUGUGUGCUGCCUCAUUUGCCUAUGAGGCAGAUGCAGCAGAACAGUGGUUGGAAAUUCAUGAAGCCGAUUUGUAUUUGAACGAAACUGGAGAUUCCAUUCAGUCCACGGUGGCGUUCAUUCAACGACAUGAAACUCUGGAGCAUAAUCUACGUAUGCAGGCGGAUCGUUUCGAACGUUUGAGGCGCCCCACUCAGAUGGAAUUGGCUGAGAUGACUAUGGACGAUAGCAUUUCAUCGGAAAAAUUUGCUUCCGGGACUAGUCACUAUGGAGAAAUCCUUGACGGACGACUGGAGGCAGACACUGUGGACUCACUGCUUCGACAGUUCGGCUUCGGUGAGGCGGUAGAUGUUUGCAAUCCGGAGAAUACUGGUCAAACGGAGGCGAUAUCCACACGAUCCUCUGAGAAUGGUGAAGCUCAAGAAAAUAUCGAUCAGAUUAUUUAUACAGAAAACAUGGGUGAUCAUUUGGCACGAAAACACGAAUAUGUGGCACACCUUACGCGCGCACGGGAUCGCACAUGGUACGAUUUGUAUGUGCUACUUGAGGCGAGGGAACGACAGAUUUUAUUCUAUAGAAACAAGUCGGACUAUGAUGCACUUCGUCCACUGGCUCACACGUUUCACAACGAGUCCGGUGUGGAUUUGGGCACAAACUCGCUUCAGGUUUCCGUGGCCACAGACUAUACAAAACGACCAAAUGUUUUCCGAAUUGUACUUCAAAAGUCCGGCGAAUCUUAUCUAUUUCAGGCUCCCAAUGAAGAAACCAUGCAUCGUUGGGUAAAUCGAUUGAACAUGUGGUGUCAAUCCAACAGUUCUAGACUACCUCAUCCAGCAUCAACGACCAUAAUCACCUUGUCCAGACCGUUGGAAGAAUAUGAUGGUCCACCGGAAUUAAUUGGAUCCGCAAGCGGAGGAGAGGGUAUCACAGAUGCAAUAGACGAGAACCCGUUGGAAUCCACCAACGCCCAAUAUUCGACAAGUCAGAGAGGUCUCAUCACACCGAAACAAAUGCUACGCUGGCUCAAACGUAAACCGAGUCUGAACAUUCCCGGUGCUCGGGUACGCUCGGCCGAUCCAUCCACCGGGAUCAUACGAAGCAGUACAACUCAAGCCAUAGUCCCACAUGAUCAGCCCGUGAGUAGUAGUAGUUGUACUAGUGGAUCACGAUCUGGCGAACUAAAACGGUCUGGUUCACGACGAAAAUUUGGUCUACUGUCCGGAUCACAAACAUUACCGCCACGAUUUCGCACUUCAACCGGGGCCGGGCUUAGUAUCCCCAAGCGUCCAUCUUUCCUGUGUCCGGGUCGACGAAAAUCGACCAAAAGGCGUACUGCCAGUGAAGAACAAGCCAAACUGGAAGAGGAUGAAUUUCGUACCACCUCUAUGACUCCCGAUGAGGAUGUCGAUUUUCCCAGUCCACGUGAAUGUGGAAGUACCGAUGAGCAUGAGGAUUCGGAGAUUUGA